GCAGCAUUCUUUAAUGCAGUCUCUUCGAAACAACAGGUACUCAGCCAGUCAGGCACAGAGUUUGGCAAAACUUCGAAAAAGAUUUCUCCAGCAAUGGCUUCAGUGUCAUUUCCAGAAGAGGAUCUGAUUUGUCCCGUGUGCUGUGAUUUAUUCACCGACCCAGUGGUUCUGGAUUGCAGUCACAGCUUCUGCAGGUCAUGCAUGGAGCGCUUCUGGAGCAGUCAGCUGAUAGACAAGAAAACAUGUCCGGUUUGCAGGACUGAAUGUUUUAAUGAAAAGCUCCUGAGUAAUCUGGUCCUCAGGAACGUAGUGGAGAGUGUUCGAGCGAGCAAACAAACAAGAGUAAAAGAGAAAAAACUAGAAGUUGUCAAAGCAAGAAGGCCGGAAUCAACGCAGAAGACAGGAAAAAGAGAUGACCUCUGUAGUCUUCAUAGAGAAAAAUUAUUCUUCUUCUGUAAGGAGGACCAGGAGCUGUUGUGUAUGGUUUGUCAGCGGUCUAAGAGGCACAAGGACCAUCACAUAAGUCCAGUGGAGGAAGCUGCCCAAGAACUUAAGGAAAAGGUGCGACUCUCAUUGGGGAAACUUUCAGAAGAACAAAUGAUCUCCAUUGCCAAAAAGGACGAAUGUCUCAAAACGACACACCACAUCAUGGAUCAAAACCGUCUUACUAAGGCUCAGAUCAAAAAAGACUUUGAGCAGUUACAUCACUUCCUGCGGCUGGAGGAAACGGCUCGGAUUUCAGCGCUGGAGGAUGAAGCUGAGGUGAAAAAUAACAUCAUGAAGAAGAAGCUUGAGGAGGUCAGCAAAACAGAAAAGUCAAUCUCCAACACCAUUCAAACUAAACGGGCAGACCUGGAACGAGAUGAUAUUCAAUUCCUUCAGGCUUAUAAAAGCUACAAAGACAGUGCAUCACCUUGCAAUCUGCAUGAUCCAGCGUUAGGAUCAGAUGCCCUUAUAGAUGUCGCUAAACAUCUGGGAAACCUUAGGUUUAACAUAUGGCGCAACUUGCUGGGUCAAGUGCAGUACUACCCGAUAAUAAUGGAUCCAAACACAGCUGCUCCAUGGCUAAAGCUGUCUGAAAAUUUGACCAGCGUUCAUUACACAGACUUGCAGGCAGAAAUUCCUGAUAACCCGGAGCGUUGUGACCUCUGUGUGUGCGUUCUGGGUGAUGCAGCUCUGGAUGCAGACACACACUGGUGGGAAGUGGAGGUUGGGAAUAAGACUAAAUGGGACAUGGGUGUUAUGAUAGAGUCGUUGAGCCAUAAAGGCAUUCUGAACGUCAACUCCGAAAGUGGAUUCUGGGCUUUGGCUUUGAGAGAAGGAGGCCAGUACAGCGCCUGCACAAAACCGUGGACCAGGCUCAACCUGAAAAGAAAACCUCAUCGGAUUCGAAUCUGCUUGAACAAUGUUAAAAACGAGUUAUCGUUUUAUGACCCACUAGAUAUGACAAAUAUCUACACCUUCGAGCAUCUGCCCACCCGAAAGCUCGUUCCUUUUUUCUCUCCAUGUGUGAGUGACCAGCGCAGUAAUACAGAACCACUGAGGGUCCUCCCAUUAAAGGUUGAUGUAACCAUCACUGCAGAAACAGCUCACUGAAAUGACCCACUUCAUAGAGUAUCAGAGUUUGUACUGAUUAUCUGCUAUUAUAAAUGUACCAUAACAUUAAUGCUACACAAGGUGGAGCCAACUCAUGAAAUAAGAGGAAAAGUAAAUAUUUGUGUAUACAACUUAGCAAAAUAAAACUUGUAAACAAAUAAAGCCUUUUAUUAAUGAAGUGUGUACACAUGGCACACGUGACAUCAUCGAAUAGAAUUGCGAAUACAGACAGGUUCUCAAACGGCAAGGUUUCCAGGAACACUCAUCCUGUCUGCCAAACAAAGGCAGUUUUUGUGCCAUCGGUCUGGGCUGAAUCCGUAACCCUUAAACAAAGUUACAGUGUGUGUGAAUGGUGUGGCAUAACAGAAGCACACCUGCUGC